UUUUUCUUUCAACUGCCACGGUUUCAAUGCAGUGCCAUUGCGGUUUAUCAUAGCGAGACAGUUGUACAAUGCUGAACCGCGUCCGAGUCCUUCAACAAAUACCUCGGCGACAUUUUAGUUCUACCCUCAAGCUUUCAUCCCCCAAAAAAUGGCCCGCCUUUCUUACUGAAGAUGUUCCCAGUGAUACAACGGCCUUGGCUCUUAGGACGGCAUGUGGGCGUAAACCAUAUGGUCCCAAAGUGAUACAGAGCCUGCCACAGCUGGAAAGUCUUGAAUUCCAAGAUAUCCACAUGGACACCAUCGGCGAGGACCUCUUGAACGCAUUAUACUCGCGGCCGGUCCAAUCCAUUCGUUUUUCGAACGCCAAGUUCGAUGAUCAGCAGAGCUUUUCGAGGUUCGUCGGGCUUUUCCCACAGUUAACGAACCUCGACUGUCAUCAAGUUACCGUCAAGAAUUCUCAUAGGAUGCCGGUUGUGAAACACGCGUCUGUUCUUCAUACGGUCAGAUCCAACCAGUCACCAGACAUAUGGCGUUUAUUUCUGAACGGAUCUUUGGGUUCGGAUGAGACUCUGCGCAAAGUCACCUUGAACGAUGUUACCUAUAGUGAUAUUCCAUUCGUCGGUCUCUUCCUUCAGCGCUCCUCUACGACUGGUAUGCUCCAGGAGUUCAAUGUAAUGCAUGAUCAUGCUCGCCAAUCGGCUGCAGUCAAACACGCUUGGAAAAAAGAGCCUCCGGUUCUUGAUGUCUCCCACGUCAAGAGGCUCGGUAUCGACAUCCAUGGUCGCGUCAGGGCUACCUGCCUACGUAGUCCUCUCGAAGUUGUAUUACAGUGGUGGAUGAAAUCACUCGUUCCGCCUGGGAAAGAGUCGUCUCUGGAGUACCUGAAGAUCGUCGUAGGGAUGAACAAGGGAGCCAUCUACAUUGCACAGGAUGCUGGGAAUACAUGGAGAGCCCUCGAUUCCCUUCUUACCGAUGGUCGAUUUCCUGCUCUCCGAAUUGUCCAUGUCAUCAUCAAAGUGUGGAAACCGACCACUCUCCAAAAAGGUGAACGGCAAAAGGGACUGAUCCAGAGAAGCUGCCCUCGUUUGAAAAGGUCCAAGAGGUUACACGUCACUAUUGGUCAUGUCAAGACGAAGAAUAACUAUUUCAUGGAUACACACCUAUUCUGAUGAAAUGCUGGCUGGCCCUUCGAGGUGUUAAAGGACAGACUACGCGAAGCGGCCUUCACCCGCUUGAAGGUACAACUCAAAGUCUACCUUGCCUUCAAAUCCGAUACAGGUCUGACCAGAGCGGAAGAAGAGACCUAGACAGUUGGUGGCGACUAUGAGAACCAGUCAUUACUGUGGCUUCAAUGUGGUAUUUCCCUGUAUUUAACAUCGGUCUUCUGGUUACGCCAGCACCAUCGACGCUCUAACAUUCUAUAUAUCCAUUACUCAAUCUUGUCACCAUGUUUCCUUGCCAGUUUUGAAGUAACAGGUGUUUGGACAGUUUCCUCUAUGGG